AUGUUGUGUGUUAUUACGCCGGGAAUCGAGUACAGGAUUCCGGGUCGCGCCCUCCUUGAUCGCCUACGCAGUACGACGCUAAGCGAGAUGAUGUUGACGAGCGGAGAAGGUUUAUUGCUUCCCGCUCCGCUUGAUGCUGCGCCUUACUCUACCAUCGAGGCUAAUGCUACAUGCGGUGAGAUGGGUACAGAAGAAUUUUGCCGAGAGACGCCUGGCAAGCGUGGCAUAGCAUGUGAUGUUUGUGAGGGUCCCGAUGGGCCGGCCUCUCGACGGCAUCCUCCAAUCCUGGCGAUUGAUGGAGACCCUUCUACUUGGUGGCAAAGUCCCUCUAUGGCUGUCGGAGAGGAGUACAAACAUGUUGAGUUAAUCGCCACUUUACCCGAUGUAAGUUGA